AUGCGAAGUGCAGCUUUUGCCAAGGCUGGCCGCCUGGCCACCGCCACAGCCAUCAGAGGAUAUGCCACAUCUGUUCCCGCGAGGGCGCAUCACCAGGUCCUCAUCGUCGGCGCUGGUACCGCCGGUGUGACUGUCGCCGCCCAGCUCCGCCGCGCCAGGGGCUCCGAGAAGACGGACAUUGCCAUCCUGGACCCUGCCGCAGCUCACCACUACCAGCCUGGUUGGACUCUGGUCGGAUCUGGCCUCAAGCCCCUUCAGGGCAUGUCAAAGCCCAUGGAUGCUGUCAUCCCAUCGGGCACCAAGCACUAUCCUCUGGGUGUCGCCAGCUUUGACCCGGAAAACAAUGCCAUCAAGACUACCGAGGGCGUCGACCUCACCUAUGAUUACCUCGUGGUGGCACCAGGUCUUGAGACCAACUUUGCGGGCAUCUCGGGUCUCCAGGAGGCCCUCCAGGAUCCCGCCAGCCUUGUUUCGUCCAUCUACUCGAACAAGACAGUCGAGCAGGUGUGGCGCAACAUCAAGGACUUCAAGGAGGGCGAGGCUGUCUUUACCCAGCCCGCAGGCGUGAUCAAGUGCGCCGGUGCCCCCCAGAAGAUCAUGUGGAUGGCGCUGAGCCAGUGGCAGAAGGACGGCGUCCGCUCUCGCAUCAGCCCAACCUUUGCCACGGGCGCCGCCUCCAUGUUCGCCGUGCCCAAGUACUCGGCUGCGCUGGAGCAGCUGCGCGUCGACCGUGGCGUCGAGGGCCUCUUCCAGCACAACCUCGUGAGCGUGGACGCCAAGAACAAGGUGGCCACGUUCAAGAACCUCGCGGCCGACGGCGCCGAGGUCCGUCGCGACUACAAGUUCCUGCACGUGGUGCCGCCGCAGAAGCCGUGGGACUUUGUGGCCAAGUCCCCGCUGGCCGACGCCGCCGGCUGGGUCGACGUGGACAAGGCCACGACGCGCCACGCCAAGUUUGCCAAUGUCUUUUCGCUCGGCGACGCCUCCAGCCUGCCCAACAGCAAGACGGCCGCGGCCAUCUCGUCGCAGGCCCCCGUGCUGGUGGAGAACCUGACCGCCGCCCUGGCGGGUAAGGAGGGCCGCGCCGCCUACGAUGGCUACGCCAGCUGCCCCUUGCUCACCGGCCACAAUGAGCUCAUGCUGUGCGAGUUCAAGUACGGUGGUGUCCCCAAGGAGACCUUUGCCGGCAUCUUUGGCGGUCAGGAGAAGCCCCGGAGGGCCUUUUACCACCUCAAGAAGGACUUCUUCCCCUUCGUCUACUGGAACAGCUUUGUCAAGGGUACCUGGUAUGGUCCCAAGGCUUGGUCCAAGCCAGACACUGCUUCGUCUUAA